AUGUUCUGUGGGAUCUCUGGCGAAGCUCCUAAAGAGCCGGUGGUGUGCAAGUCGAAUGGGAUUUUAUACGAAAAACGGCUCAUUGAGCAAUAUGUGGAAGAGCAUGGCAAGGACCCAGUCACUAAUGAGCCUCUUUCGCUGGAUGAUAUCUUGCCAGUAAAGUCAUCGCCGAGAACUGCAUUUCCGCGGCCGCCCACACACUCGUCUGUCCCUUCGCUCCUUAUGGCUCUUCAGAAUGAGUACGACGCGAUUGUCUUCGAGACAUUGGAGUUGCGGAAACAGUACGACACAGUCCGUCAGGAUCUAGCGAAUGCUCUGUAUACAAACGAUGCAAGCAUGCGAGUGAUUGCACGUUUGAUGAAAGAACGCGAUGAAGCACGUGAAGCACUUUCGAGUGUACACACGUCUCUGGGUAUGCCUUCGUCGUCUGGUGCUCAUGAGGAUGUUGAGAUGACACAGGCCGCCAAUCCCACCAUGAAUUCAGUGACUUCCCUGCCCGUCAAUGUAAUGGAGCAAAUUGACUCCACGGCAGCUGCACUUACAAAGGACCGCCGCGCACGUAUCAAGCGUGGUGGAUCGGAAGGGUACCCCACAUCUGCGUCUGCCGCCUCACUUCAAGCACAAUCGCCAAUCCCCUCGGAACACCAUGCUUCGUCUCCAGGUAUUGCAGCGAUCGAUACAAGCGCAGAUGGAGCGCUUGUUCUCACGGGCGGUAAGGAUGCGAGUGUACACGUGCUCGAUCGCACUGCGAACAAGGCUGUGGCCAAGCUCGAAGGCCAUACAAAGCCUGUCACAUCCGUGGUAUUUUCCGGCCGCAGUAAUCCUGCUGCUGGAGAUUCUGCCAAAGAAGCGCCAACUCCCUUGUACGCUGCGAGUGCGAGCGACGAUGGCACUGUGCGCAUCUGGCGAUGCAACGACAAAGGCCAGUACGAGCUGGCGCACACCAUUGCAAGUACCACGGUCACGGGUCUGAGUGUCCAUCCUACUGACUCUCUGCUCGGAAGUGCCAGUCGGGAUGGAUCAUGGUCGAUCUACUCGCUCGAGACGGGCGAGUGCCUAUUGCAUGUGCCUGCAGCGAACGCCACCGACGAGCAAGGUGCUGGCUUUGUGUAUGAGUCGUUCGCUUUCCACCCUGAUGGACAACUGGCCGCAACAGGCACUUCUGACGGCGUCAUUCGCAUUUGGGAUGUCAAGCAAGGCCAGCAGAGCGCCGUGUUCCGUGGUCAUGAAGGUGCCGUCCAUACCCUUGACUUUUCGCAGAAUGGCUACUUGCUUGCAGCGGCCUCGCGCGGGGCCCAGCAUGUUAAGAUCUGGGAUCUACGGAAGCUAGAUGUCACGCGCGUGGUUGAUGCGGACGCGACCAUUCAGGAGGUCCGUUUUGAUCCUACGGCACAGCUAUUGGCUGUUGUGACGGCAAUGAAUGUCCGUGUCUUUGGCGGCAAGUCGCUGGAAUUGUGUGCCACGCUCGACGUGAACAAUGGCCUAUGUGCUCAAUGGUGCCCCAAUGAUGGUGCGCUUCUUAUUGGUGCACAGGAUUGUAACGUUGGCGUCUUUUCGUUGUAG